UUCAGCAGAGUAGGCACUUCCACUUGGCUCUGACUCGUCUCCCCAUCCACAUCUGAUUGUGGUACAAGAAUCUACCUUUGGAUGUACUGCCUGGUCAUCCCUGUUGGACUAACUACGCUGCUUCAGGAUCCAGGUUCACGAUUGAGUAUACCCAACGAAGUAUACAUUUUAAGUAAAAGAUAGCAGCUGGAAAGAAGGGUUUAAAAUGCCGUUCAAAAAUGGCUUGGAGUUGACUGAAUUGCAGAAUAUGCACACUCCAGAGGAUGACAACAUCAGCAAUGAUUCCAAUGACCUUAAUGAAGCAGACAGCCAUCGUAUCAGCAGUAAAUUUAUUGCGGAUCGUGAAAGCAGAAGAAGUCUUACUAACAGCCACCUGGAAAAAAAGAAAUCCUGUGAUGAUUAUAGUCCAGGGACAACAUCCAUUGGAAUGUCUGUCUUUAAUUUGAGCAAUGCAAUUAUGGGGAGCGGCAUUCUUGGCUUGGCUUUUGCUUUGGCAAACACAGGAAUAGUCCUGUUUGUGCUACUCCUAAUUUCAGUGACUCUGUUGUCUAUCUACUCUAUAAAUCUCCUACUGAAAUGUUCCCAGGAGACAGGCUGUAUGGUGUAUGAGAAGCUGGGAGAGCAAGUAUUUGGCACCCCGGGAAAAUUCUUGGUCUUUGGAUCAACUACACUUCAGAACACAGGAGCAAUGCUGAGUUAUUUGUUCAUUGUAAAAAAUGAAUUACCAAAUGUUAUCAAAUUCCUGUUUGGAAUCGAAGAUACAUCAUGGUAUCUGGGUGGACCAUUUCUUCUGGUUAUUGUAACUAUUGGAAUUAUACUUCCACUGUGUCUUCUCAAGAAUUUAGGCUACCUUGGCUACACCAGUGGGUUCUCCUUAACCUGUAUGUGCUUUUUCCUUGUGGUGGUUAUUUACAACAAAUUUAAAAUUCCAUGUCCAUAUCUAAUUGUUAAUGGAACCAUAGUUAGUCCUCAAAAUACAACGGCAGAUGGAGAGUGUACACCAAAGUAUUUCACAUUUAAUUCCAAGACUUCUUAUGCAUUGCCAACACUUGCAUUUGCAUUCGUGUGUCAUCCGUCAGUCCUUCCCAUAUACAGCGAGCUCAGAGAUCGCACCCAUGAGAAAAUGCAGCGAGUUUCCCAAAUUUCAUUCUUCUCAAUGUUUCUUAUGUAUCUUCUUACUGCCAUAUUUGGCUACCUGACUUUUUAUGAGAAAGUGGGAUCUGAACUUCUUGGAACUUAUGAAGAUAAAUCGGAUGUUCUCCUACUGACUGUACGCCUGGCUGUCAUAAUUGCAGUCAUACUUACUGUACCCGUGUUAUUUUUCACUGUUCGAUCGUCAUUGUUUGAACUGGCUCGAAAGACAAAAUAUAUAUUCUGGCAGCAUUCAUUAGUGACAGUAAUCCUUCUGGCUAUAAUUGACUUACUUGUUAUUUUCAUACCAGCAAUGAAAGAUAUUUUUGGAGCUGUAGGAGCCACGUCUGCUAAUAUGCUGAUAUUUAUUCUUCCCUCAAUGUUAUACUUGAAAAUUACAAAUGGUAAUGAUUCUUUGGCCAAAGAGAGAUUCUGGGCAUGUGCUUUCUUUGCACUUGGGUUGUUAUUCGCCAUGGUGAGCAUUCCUCUUGUGAUAUACGACUGGGUUCAUUCACCGAAUAAAGAUGGAAGCUGAGCUUCUCUACAAGGUGUCCUCUUGCCACCACCGCAACCAUUGUUUUAAGGGCACAAAUAGGCAAUAGUUUGAGGGGACAAACCUUACUAUACCUCACUGGAUUUCUCUGCAGCAUGUUUUUUCUUAUAAGAAUACUAUACUCUGUACCAUACUCCUUACUAUCAUGUAUCGUUUCUUUCACGUUAUGCCCUUCACCAAUCGGAUUUCUAUUUUCUGAUGAGUUCUGUAAAUUGUCUCAAGUAUAUCAUCACAGUUUUCACCAAAUUGUGUUUACAAGAAAAAAAAAAUGUCUUUAUCAACAACAUACCAUUUUUAAGCCGUACCCACCAUAUACAGUCAUACUGCCUAUAGUAUAUUUAUUGAUAACUUGCUUCAACUUUGGAACCAUCUCCAGGGGUAAUGGAUUGCCAUUGGUUAUGAAAACCUACAGUGUAAAUCCAACUGGUAUUAUUCUUCUAAUGGAAAUUAGCAUGGAAAUGCUAAUUGCUAUAUACAACAGCUUGGUUCCAGUCCACUGAACCUUUCUUUUGCCAUUGAAGAGCAUGAUCCA